AUGGAACUAGUUGACUUUUCUUGGAAUAAAGAAUGGGCAUUGCAUAAAAAUGCAGCAUAUGAUCAAAUAAUAGCUAAAGAGAUGCAUAAUAGGUUGAAAGAAUUCACUGAUAAUAGUAAGUUAGAACAGAAUGAAGUACUAAAAGCUUUAAUGAUUUAA